CCGACGUCAUCCCGGUUCAAGUCUGUCAGCUGUCACUGGGUGCCGCGGACUCUUCUGCAAUACUUGAAGUCGUCGUACAUUUUUGAGCCUUUCAGUUUCAAGCAUGACCACACUAACAAUGAACCCACCCUCCCCUCGCAGGUUCGAGCGACAUGUUGGGUUCGACAACCUCCCCAUCGGGGAGGCCACGAAAAACAAUCCCUCGUCGUUGAGCCUGCAAGCGAGGCACCAGGGAUACCGCCCGUCGCGAAGGUCGCGCACGUUCAUGAUUGGAGUGGACGAGCACAGCUAUUCCCAGUAUGCACUGGUUUGGUUGCUCAAUAACAUGGUGGACGAUGGCGACGAGGUUAUCUGCGUGAGGGUCCUAGAGAGCCCGGUCCGUCCUGACAAAAAUUACCUCGAGGACGCGAAGAAGCUGCUGGAGACAAUCAAGUCCAAGAAUGAGCUGAAUAAGGCCAUCAGCAUCACGCUGGAGUACUCGGUUGGGAAACUCCAUGACACAUUCCAGCAGUUGCUCGCGAUCUACAACCCGUCAAUGCUUGUGGUCGGCACUAAGGGACGGACGCUGGGAGGAAUUCAGGGAUUGAUGAAUGCGCGGAACUCGUUCUCCAAGUAUUGCCUCCAGUACAGCCCUAUCCCGGUUGUGGUGGUCAGGCCAGACGAUAAGCGACUCAAGAAGAAGGAGAAACGCUCGCAAGACCCGACGCGGCAGAGUUACGCCGCCAUGCUCGCGUAUAACUCGGGAAAGCACGAGGCCGAUAGCGAUACCGGCAGUGUUUAUGAGUUCGAGCGCAGCAUUUCGGCAGACGAGGAGGCGCAUCAGGUCGCCGCGGCCAUCGGGCUUCCUGCGAGGUUUGAUCCCACGAUCAAGCCGUGCGUUCCCCGCAACGCGCGCAAUCGACGGGCCUCGCCACUGGGUCUUUCCUCGGAGAGGACAGCAUCGCUCUCUCCGCCGCCGACUCCACCCGCUGCCGAGAGUGGAGAGGAAGAAAGCGGGGAUGACGACGAUGAGUUCGAGGUCGAGGCCGUAUCUGGCGAGCAACUCGCUGCGCCAGCGCGGAAACAGACGGGGCUUGAAGAGCAGAAGGAGCGACUCCACGCUAUGGAAGUAGGCGAAGCCGCUGCCUUGCUCAAGUCGGGUCAGUCAAAGGAGCUUGAGGAAGACGAAGACGACGACGAGUCGCAGGACAAGGCGCCGGAAGACCCGUCUGACUCAUAGGAGGACUUUGGGCUCGGCGUUCUAGGCGGCGACGACUGAAUAUUAGGUGGUAUGGAGCAUGUACACGACUUACGUAGUACUAGUAGUUCAA